UUUGUCUCUAAUUGGGAUUUCUUCAAGAUGGAUGUUUAUAAAUAUAGAUGUAGGUCUUGGUUUGAGACAUCUCUCUCUCUCUCUCACUCUUCUUUCAAGCCCUAACCUAGAGAAAUCCAUUCUCUCGAAGAAACCCUAGCUCAUCAAAUCUAGAGAUCCUAGAGUGUAUAUAGUGUUCUCUUCCCUUGUGGUUGAGAAUCAACAUUUCUUGUGGACGUUCUUUCAUUUUUGUGCAUUUUCAUACAAUAAAGAGGACUACCGUGGUUUCAUAUUUGAGGUAAUUUUGUUCUUAAAAAAUUGUAAAUUGGCAUUUUUUAUGAUAUGCUUCUGCUUAUACAAAUAUGGAACUCUUGUGUGAGAUCUCAUCCAAUCAUCUGGUGCCAUCGGUACUGCAAUCCCAUUCUUCGGCAAGAUCCGCCUUCGGCGUUAAUUGUGGAUUUCUGACAAUUCAAAUCAGGCAUAUCGUUAAUCGGAUCAUGAACUUGCAUGCCCCUGAAUGGUCUGGCGAGAUUCGAAGCAUCACUUAUUCUGCUGAUGGCAAGUCCGUAUCUGUUGUUUACCGUGUGACGCUCUAUGGGACUGAUGCAGAGAUUUACAGGGAAUCAAGUGGGACUGCUUCUGUUGACGACACGGGUUAUGCCGAUCCAGUACAAAAGGCUGAAGCUAUGGCAUUCCGUCGAGCUUGCGCACGUCUUGGGCUUGGGCUUCAUCUUUAUCAUGAAGACAUGAUGUAGAAACAAACGGUUUCCAUGGUAUGCAAUUUUGGCUUUCUUGUUUAAUCUUAUCUUAUCACAAAUGCCAUCCAUGGAAUUGAACAUCAGUAUCCCAUUUUUUGCAUGUGAACUUGGCAUGGCAUCAAUCUUUGUAUUUACACCCAUACAUAUUAUUUAAGGAGGACAAACUUAAUUUUGGUGUUGAA